GAGUGCUGAAAAAUAUUGUCUUUCUUCUUUCUCCUACCACUUUAUAGGCACACUUUGUGAAAUCAAUAUUAAUGAAUGUCACUCAAAUCCCUGUCUUCAUAAUGCAACCUGUGCAGACCUUAUCAAUGGAUAUGACUGUUCUUGCUUACCUGGCUUCACUGGUCUACACUGUGAAACUGAUAUAGAUGAGUGUGCUUCUUUUCCUUGCAAGAACGGAGGCACCUGCAUUGACCAACCUGGUAAUUACUACUGCCAAUGUGUGGCUCCAUUUAAAGGUGUUAACUGUGAAUUCCAGCCUUGUGAGGCUGGGAAUCCCUGUGAGAAUGGAGCUAUAUGUCAAAAAGAGAGAGAUUUGGCUUCCUUUCCCUUUGGAUUUCAAUGCCAGUGUAAGAAGGGUUUUGCAGGCCCUCGCUGUGAAAUCAACAUCAAUGAAUGCAGUUCCAACCCUUGCCUCCAUGGAUAUUGCUAUGAUGUUGUUGAUGGCUUCUAUUGUUUGUGCAACCCUGGAUAUGCGGGACCAAAAUGUGACCAAGACAUUGAUGAUUGUCUUAGUAAUGCAUGUAAACACAAUUCUACUUGCAUGGAUCUCCAUCUGGGUUAUAAGUGUCUCUGCCUCCCGGGCUGGGAAGGACCGUUUUGUGAAAAUGAAGCCAAUGAAUGUGAUUCUGUGCCAUGUGAGAACAAUGGAACUUGCAUCGAUCUUUUCAAUGACUUCCGAUGUGUGUGUACAGAAGGCUGGACUGGACAAUGGUGCAGUGAAGAUAUAAAUGAAUGUGAUUCUGAGCCCUGCUUGAAUGGAGCCACCUGCUAUGAGUCCAUUGUCCAUGGUCAAUUUCUCUGUGUUUGUCCUCCAUUUUAUAUUGGAAAAAUUUGCCAGUAUCGUUACAAUCCAUGUAGUGACCCCUACAAUCCAUGUAUAAACAAUUCUACUUGUUUGGCUCAAGUUGAUGGGAAGCCAUUGUGUAUAUGUCCAAAAGGAUUUGGAGGUACUUACUGUGAAAUCGACAACAAUGAGUGUGCUUCCAGUCCGUGUAAGAAUCAAGGUCGUUGUGUGGAUAGGGUUAACAGUUACAGGUGCCUCUGCAGAGAGGGCUUUUCGGGGACACUGUGUGAAGUAGAGAUUAAUGAAUGUGCAUCAAAUCCCUGUACAAACAGUGGAACAUGCAUAGAUCUUAUAAACAGGUUCCUUUGCAACUGCCCACCUGGCUACUAUGGUUUACUUUGUGAGCUGGAUGUAAAUGAGUGUGAAAUUCUUCCUUGCUUGCAUGGUGGAAGCUGCUUCAAUCACCCAGGGGGCUAUCAGUGUGUCUGCGCUCCUGGCUUUACAGGCAACCAGUGUGAAGUGGAUAUAGAUGAGUGUACUUCAGCACCUUGUCUCAACAAUGGAAGCUGUGUUGAUGACAUCAGUUUCUACAAGUGCUACUGCCGAAGCGGUUUUCUUGGAAUAAACUGUGAAAUAAAUGCUGACGAAUGCUCGUCAGCACCUUGUCAUCAUGGAAGAUGUAUCGAUCUCGUGGAUGGCUAUCAGUGCCAUUGUGAAGCCGGAUGGACCAGCUCAAGAUGUGAAAUUGACAUUCAUGAAUGUGAAUCAGUUCCCUGUCUUAAUGGUGGUUCAUGUCAAGAUUUGGUCAAUGCAUUUGAGUGCAUUUGCUUGAGCGGAUACACUGGUGAAUUUUGCGAAGUGGAUAUUGACGUUUGUGUCGAACCUCUUCUGAACUCAUCCCUCUGUUUCAACGGAGGUAAAUGUGUUGACGGCCCUGGAAGAACUUUUUAUUGCAGGUGCCCAGAUGGCUUUUCUGGUCAUUUUUGUGAAAUAGACAUCAAUGAAUGCAGCUCUUCACCUUGCUUACAUGACUCGGUCUGUGAAGAUCUUAUUAAUGGUUACUUCUGCAGAUGCCAAAGAGGUUGGGAAGGCUUCUACUGCGAAGAUGACAUCAAUGAAUGUGCCUCUAAUCCCUGCAUACAUGGGAUUUGUACCCAGAAAGAACCAGGCUUGGGUUAUACCUGUUACUGCGACCCUGGAUUUGUGGGCCAAAGUUGUGAGCUUAAUUAUGACGAUUGCUUAAUGCAAGCCUGCCCUGCUGGAUAUCGUUGUGUGGAUGGAAUAAACAAUAUCACCUGCUUUCCUGAAGUCCCUUGGAGGCCCCAGGCCACCAUGAAAAUGGAAAGAGAGCCUUCUGCUGAACCAUUAAAGAGAGGCUUCACACAAGACCAGUCAAGCCUCAUAAUAUCUGAGAUGUCUCCAUCACAGACUUCUACAGGUCUUCAAAAGGCAGGCUUUCUCAACCAUGGGAGUUUUGCAACCUUCAAUAUGGCUAAAUUAAUGCCCAGCAUAUCAUUUGAAAGCUUUGGACUGGGACCAGUGAUUGCUGAUAGCAAGUCUCCAGCAGCAUUUUUGCUUACUUCCUCCACAGACAUUCUCACUUCCCAGCUAUUGGGGUAUAUAGGCCUAUAUUCAACAGGAACAAAAUUCAACAUAACAGCUGUGGCAGAGGUGAUGAAUGAUAGUUCACCAGAUGCAACACUAGUCAUGCACUCACAAGAUAAGUAUGAUGGGAUCUCAUUCAUCACAAAGUCCUUAAUGACAGUUCUUCUUCCCUCUGCGCAAAUAAGUUUGUCAGUAGCAAACCAAAAGAUUCUUGCUUUACCUGCCACAGACACAAGCUCAGUAAUGCCAGAGACCAAAACUGAAUCACAUAGUCAUUCAUUAUUUUUUCCUGGAUCCCAGAUGACCACUCCAGCAAUUGCACACUCAACACUUUCUAUGUCUUUCUUAUUUCAUGAGAUCACUAGACAGCAAUCAGCCAUCUCUCUAAUAACAGAAGAUGAGGACUGGGUUUUACUAAAGCCAUCAAUGACAUUUAUUCUCCCCUCAAAAACAACUGACUUGGAAAAGGCAGACUGCUUUAGCUCAUCAGUGAUACAGGAAUCCAAAAGACAAAUAUCCCUUCCCAAUGAAUAUUUAGAUAUUAGUAUGUCAUCUUUCAGCCAUGAGAUCUCUACAGAGCUCCUCACACUGUCUGCUGGUUCUUUAUACAAUUUCAAUCGAACAUGUAUAAAGGACACCAUAGUUAAUAUAAAAUUCUUGGAUGAAUCUUCAGAUCACGUUUUACAUAGCAAAGAAUCUCUAUUUUAUGAGGCAUCCUUGGUGAACUUGACAAUGCUAACCAGUUGGUAUACAUUAAUCAAAUCUACUGCUGUUACUUCUGGGUAUUCAUUUGUUUCAACUUCUGAAACAGCACCAUCAGUGAAGUUCAAAAAAGUAUCUUCUUGGUAUCCUACUGAAAGAGGCAGAAAUAAAUCCAGGCUGGAAGAAUAUGAUAUGACUAAACCCUUACAGAGACUAAACACUGGUUUCUCAUGUAUUUAUUCAGACUGUAUAGCAACUAUUCUUUCAGAAACCUUCCAUUUGGAGCCAUCUUUUUCAACAAUUGAAACUUCUCAAAGAGGGAACAGUGAUGUGACAAGGAAAUUAACUGAUGUAGAAAAGCUGACUUCAAUGCAUAUUCUACCAACACUGAACAACCCACCAUAUGAUCCAAUUAAGGAAAUUCAUCCAUUAAUGAGUCAAGGGGAUACAAUCUUUGUUUUCCAAUCAAGUGAAGCUCCUCUAGAAGAAAAUGACAGCCAUGUUGCAUGUCAUUCUAAUGAGUCUACAUCACACAUGCCAUCCCAUUUCGAAGGGAGAGUUGAUUUGCAUCUCAGACAUGCAGGCAUUACACAGACAGGCUCAGUGGCUGAUUUUCUUGACAGGCAUUCAUUAUGUGAAUUUUCAGUUGAUAGGACAUCUGAUUCAGUAUUAUCUGUCCAGCUACACUCAGUUCCACAGUACUUAUUAACUCCAGAUGGAAAUUGGGUUGCCUUAACCAUGGACAGUACAUUGCAACAACAUCUGAGUACUCAUGCCACUAAUGAAGAACUUAUAGCAAGUCCACAGUCUCAUAGUAUACUGGUUUCAACUGUUAUCUCUUACCAGUUCACAGUGUCUGAUUUUAGUUAUGUCCAGUACCAAGGGGAUUCUUACAUGGAAUUCCAGGGUUUUGCCUUACAACCACAAAACAACAUCAGUUUAGAAUUCCAGACUACUGGCUUCCAAGGAGUCCUUCUACACAUUGAACAGAACCCAACAUCAAUAGGACAUUUCUUUAUUCAGCUUUCUGUCAUGCAUGGUAUCUUGCAGUACGGCUUUUCAUGUGAUGAGGGGGAAGAAAUUAGAAAUAUCAAUGCUAAUGUGAGAGUGGAUGAUGGACAGAAAUACAGAGUGUACAUUAGACAAGACCUGGUAAUAUGUGCAGCUGAAGUGACUGUUCUAGGAAUAACAACAAAAAGAAGUAUGGCCAGCAAUCAUUGUUCAUCUUUAAUCUGGAAAGAAACAGGAGCAAUAUUUAUAGGUGGCCUGCCUCAUCGUUUUGCGACAAAACAGGUGACAGGAUCUGUCUACAAUUUUACUGGAUGUAUUGAAGUUAAAGAAAUCAAUAACCAGGGACCUUUCGCCUUUCCUAAUGCUGUGGACAGGAACAAUGUUGACAGCUGCAGGUUUCCUGCAUCUGGUGGAACAUCUGGAAUAGUCCUGGGCACUACUCCUGCAGUGUCUGAAGCACUCAAGUCCUCACCUGCUCUCCCAUCAUUAUUGCUCCUCUGUCAGGAGAACUUGUGCCAGAAUGGAGGAACUUGCCAUCAAAUGUAUCUUCGUGGUGGUGUGACCUCAUUUCGUUGUGACUGCCCUUUGCAUUUCACUGGUCGUUUCUGUGAAAAAGACACGACACUGUUCUUUCCAUCAUUCAGUCCGGACUCCUAUUUAGAGCUACCUUCGUUAACAUCUCUGUCUGAGGAUGGAUUCCCAACAGGACAGGAAUGGAGCAGAAUGACAAUCUAUCUGACAGUGAAGACAAAUGCUUUAAAUGGAACUCUCCUUUACACCAGAGACAACCACACUGGAGAACACUUCCUCCACCUUUAUCUUCUGCAUGGAAGACCAACUCUCCGGUUUGGCUAUGGCAAUCCACAGGAGAUUCUGACCAUGAGUGCCAACCAUUCCAUUAACAGCAAUGCUCUUGUGCCGAUCACAAUCAGAUAUAUACUCCCCCUCAGCAAGCUUGAAGGUUAUGGCCUGAUUGAAAUGACUGCAAAUGAUAGUUCUCCUGUACGUCAGGAAAUCUCUCUGCAACAUCAGCUGACUCAGGUUAGCUUUGGGCCAGUAUUCCUUGGAAACGUCCCUCAUCAUGUUAAGAUUCACCCAGGCUCAGGUCGGAUUCAUGGCUUCAGAGGUUGCAUAAGGGAAUUCCAAGUGAACAACAAAGAACUGUUCAUCAUUGAUGAGGCUUUGGGAGGAAGGAACAUCGAGAACUGCAAUGUUCCUGUCUGUGACUAUCAUCCAUGCCGUAACAGUGGGACUUGCACAAGUGACACAGAAAACUGGUUCUGUGAAUGCUCUCCCCUCUAUUCUGGAAAAUUAUGCCAGUUUUCAACAUGUGCAGAAACCCCAUGUGGGAAUGGAGCAACAUGUGUUCCCAAAUCCAGCCAAGACACUAUAUGUCUCUGCCCCUAUGGAAGAACUGGAAUUCUUUGUAAUGAUGCUAUUAACAUUACCUAUCCUAGCUUCAGUGGAAUAGAUGCCUUCGGCUAUACUUCGUUCCUUGCUUAUUCAGCUAUUCUAAAUAUCAGCUUGCACUACGAAUUCCAUCUGAAGUUUCAGCUGUCAAACAGCAACUCAUCCAUACAAGACAACUUAAUAUUUUUCACUGGCCAAAAGGGUCAAGGUCUCAAUGGUGAUGACUUCCUUGUGCUUGGCCUGCGAAAUGGGAGCGUGGUCUACAGCUACAACCUGGGAUCUGGAACAGCGACUAUUAUAAGUGAGACUUUGGAUCUGACACGUCAAAUUCACAUUGUCAGUCUGGGAAGAUCUCUUCAGGAUGGUUGGAUGAAGGUGGAUGAUCAAGAAAAUAAAACCAUUACAUCUCCAGGAAAGCUGGUUGGACUAAAUGUAUUCAGUCAGUUUUACGUAGGAGGCUACAUUGAAUACAUCCCAGAACUCUUACCAUAUGGAUCCAUUUUUAAGAAUGGGUUUCAAGGCUGCAUUUUUUACAUUCAGGUCCGCUCUGGGAGGGCUCAGCAGUUCAAAGCACCAGGGAUCCCAGAAGGCCAUCCCAAUGCUGGUCGCAAUAUAGGGCAGUGUGAGGAGUCUCCAUGCCAACUGAUAAAAUGCAAAAAUGGAGGGACAUGUGUAGAAAGUGGCUCUACCCUUUACUGCCAUUGCCCCACUGGCUGGAAAGGGGCAUUCUGCACAGAGACCGUUUCUGUGUGUGACCCUGAGCACAACCCUUCGCCCAAAUGUCAACAAGGCUCUACUUGUGUUCCCCUGCCGGAUGGAUACUCCUGCCAUUGUCCACUAGGAACCACUGGAGUCCACUGUGAGCAAGCCCUGGCCAUAAGCGAUGCAUCUUUCAGUGGCAAAAAAUCAUCUUGGAUGGCAUUUGAUUCCUUCAAUAUUCGACACAAGGUUCAUAUCCAAAUGCAAUUCCAAACUCUUUCAAGUGAUGGCAUCCUCUUUUACACUGCACAGCACCUGAGCCCACGAUCAGGUGAUUUCCUAAGUAUCUCCUUGGUUAAUGGAUAUGUGCAACUACGCUACAACCUAGGCGACAGAACCAUCAUUCUUCAGACCUUUCAAAAUGUACUAACCUCAAAUAAUACUUGGUAUUUAAUUAAAGCAGGAAGAACUGGCAAUGAAGGCUACCUGGAUCUCGAUGGCAUCAAUAUAACCCAGAAAGCUAGCAGUGGUAUGACUGCCCUGGACACACGCACAGAUUUCUAUGUUGGCGGUGUGGCUUCUUUAAACUUGGUGAAUCCCAUGGCAAUCCAGAAUGAGCCCACUGGGUUUACUGGAUGCAUUCGAGAGAUCCUUGUCAAUAACAAAGAACUAAAGCUAACUGAGAAUGGAGCAAAGCGUGGCUCUAAUGUAGGUGACUGUGAUGGAACAUUUUGUGGGUACAAAGUGUGUAAAAAUAAUGGAAAAUGCCAAGUUAAAAACUCUGGCUUUUCUUGCUUGUGUCCGAAGAACUGGAUGGGAACAAUAUGUGAGCAAUCCACUUACUGUUCUCACAAUAAGUGUCUACAUGGAGGGAUUUGUUUACCUAACCCUUUGUUAUUCUCAUACACAUGUAUGUGUCGAUUGGGCUGGUCAGGCUUUUGGUGUGAAAAACAGAUAUGGUUUUUUACUGCAAAAUUCACAGGUAAUUCAUACAUCAAAUAUGUAGACCCCAAGUACAAAACAAGGGACCUCAGGUUCACGAGAAUCUCUUUCAAUUUUACUGCGACUAAUAUGGAUGGCUUAUUUGUCUGGCUAGGAAAGACCGAGGACGAGGACAAUGAUUUCCUUGCCGCUGGACUUGAUAAUGGAAUGCUGAAAGUUGCAGUAAACCUGGGAGAGAAAACCACCAUUCCUCUAAUUCACCAAGGGAAGUUGCUGUGUUGCACGCAAUGGCAUUUUGUCACCAUUUCACAAGAGGAGACUCGCAUUAAAGUGUACCUCGAUGAGGAAUUAGUUCUCUUUGAAGAUCUAGAUCCACAAAGAAAAUAUUCUGUCCUAAAUUAUGAAGCCAUUUGCUAUUUUGGAGGAUUUGGGUUAGGCAGAGCAGUAAAUAUUGUUACUUCGGGACUUUUUAACCAAGCACUCAGGGGUAAAAUUAAAGAUGUUGCACUUUUUCGAGAUUCUAAAAAAGUCAUGUUGAUUAAGGGAGAAGGCUAUAAUGUUCUUAGUGGAGAUAAGGAUUAAUUGGUUAAUUUUGACUCUACCUAGUUCAAAAUUCUACCUACUAUGUAUGACCCAUAAACGUAGAUAAAUAAUUGUCUGCUUAGUUAAGACAACAAUGUGUAUCUGAGCCCUAUAGGCUUCCAUGAUUUUGAACUGCUAAGUUUUGAUCUCUCCUUGUUCCCUUGGGUUGCUGGGAAAGAUGAUAUGUGGGCCUCGGGUUCAUCCACAGUGUAGAAUUGAUCCAGUUAAACACCACUUUAACUGCCAUGGUUAAAUGCUAUGGAAUCCUCGGAUUUGAUGAGGUACUAGCAGUAUUUGGCAGAGAAGACUAAAGAUGUACAACUUGAACUCCAGUGAUUUCAUAGCACUGAUUUCAGAGAACUCGAACUCCAGUGAUUUCAUAGCACUGAACUAUGGCAGUUAAAGUGGUAGAUGAACCCUUAGUCUCAUCACCCCUAUUCCCCUUAUUGGCCCACAUAAGGUUUACCUUUAAUGUCCAAUUCCUUCCAUGUUUAGGCCUAUAGUUCUGCCAUGAUCCUGAUCUCUCGUCCCUCUUUCAGUUUCAGAAAAACCCAAAGUUUUUCUAGGUCUGUGGUUUUCAGACCAUUCUGUUUUGUUUUAUCCACCUUCUCUUGACCAGUCUCCCUGUUACUUUUUUCUCAUAAAACCUCUAAUCUUAAUUCUUGAAAAAUCUAUCUCAGAGUAAUCACUUAAUUCCUUUCAUUUUCUCUACCAUUCUCCUUACCACUUGUCACAUACCAUUAUUUGAUUCUGAAUUCUUAUUUCCUAAUAUAGUCCUAUUUUCCUUUCCCCACCCCCCUUUUCUUAGAUAUCCCCUGUGUAAGGCUUAAAUCCCAAGCAAACUGACAAUAGUCCAAAUAAACAACAGCAAAGAACUAUACACAAACAUGGCAAGCCAGUCAUGUCAACUCUUAUGGAAGAUAUUUUAGAGGCUCUUCUUUAGAAACUGCAAAUUGCCUUUGCCUACACUCACUGCAACUACUUUAUGUUAAUCCUCCAUAAUUGUUGGAGUUAAGAUACUCAUGAAUAUGGAGAAAAAACAUUUUUAAAAGCCAUUUUUCUUUACCUGCUACACAAUGCUGUGAUCAACUUCAGUGGUCCUCUAGGAAUCUCUAGGUGCUCCAGGUUGACUUUAUGGGCAACUUACAGUGAAAUCUUACCAUACAAAUUAUUAAAUCUGCAAAAGUCAAAUACACAAAUAUGGAGGGCCAAUUGUAGAUUGCAUUUUUUGAAAAAGCUAUCAAGUAAUAGUUGAGAAAAGGUAAUUAUUUUUUAAUGUGAAUAUACAGUGGGCUCUUCAUAUCUCCUGGUGUUUGGACCCUCUGCAGCUACUGAAGUGUACCAAUGCUCAAGUCCCAUGAUAUAUAAAGACGUAUUAAAAUGGGAGUCCCUUAUACAAAAAUGACAAAGUCAUGGUAUGCUUUUAAAAGAUAUUUUCAAGCCACAGAUGGUUGAACAUGUGGAUACAGACUCAAUGGAUAUGGAGGGCUGAUUGUGUAGUAUUUUGAGAAUACCUUUUCUGUUUUCUAGCUGUUGUUAUAAAUCAAAUAAGUAAGGCAGGUAGGCAAUUAUGGCUAAGUAACCUACAGUUAUGUAUCCGCAGCUGAUUCAUAUUUAUGGUUCCAACAUAUUUGUGAUUGUGGCACAGCUGCAAAAAGAUUGUUAAAGUCCACUGCUUUAUCAGUGAGCAGCUACAAGUUGUGAGCAAGCAACAAUUAUCUGAUUUCUUAUAGAUCAUGAAGCAAUGCUUUGAUGUUACUUAUCAUGGAGUGCAUCUACACUGUGCAAUUUAAAGUGUAAUCCCACUUUAUCUGCAAUAGUUCAAUGCUAUGGAAUCCUGGCAUCUGUCGAUUGGUGAGGCACCAGACCUCUUUGCUACAGAAGUCUGAAGACCUCAUUAAACUACAAUCCCCAGAAUCCCAAAGUAUUGAGUCAUGGCAGUUAAAGUUCAUUCAAUUUACCGCAUUUAAUUGACAGCAUAGAUGCACCCUAAGUAGCAGUUAUAGGGUCUUGUUCCUUAGGACUCAUGACACAAAAUGAGUUUUUAAUAUUGUUGUAAAUGUUAUGCCUUUUCAAUUGUCAUCUCUUUCUGUGUCUUGGGAUGCAGUCAUUCAAAAAAUAAAUGCCAAAUCUCCAUCCCUCCCUCUCCUUUCUUCUGGCUCAAUGACAGAGAGCUCAAAUUACCAUUUUUCAUAGCAAAACCUUCCCAAGAUGGCUUGUUAUAUAUGAUUAAAAUAAGAACAAUUUUAUCCAGUUCUAAAACUAAACGCAGAAAGUUCAAACCCCAACUCACAGUACUUUUACGUAACACACCUUUUGAAGCGCACAAUUUUUCACAAAUCUGUUUAAAACUCCAAAAAGGAGGAUGCCAUGCAUGUUUUUGAAGGUUUGCAUAAAGUACUAAAAAGGAUUUGUCUCCGUUUCUUCUAGUCAUCAAGCCCCAUAUUUUUCCAUAUUAAGCAGAAAGAUUUGUAAUCUAAAUGAGAAGUUUAUGGUUGCCAAAGAAUCAAGGGAAAUUGUAGUGGAGAUAUGAGGAUAACAGCUUCCUGACUAGAAAAAAUGUGGCAAUGCUUUUUCUUUCCAACCCACUAAAUCCAAAACUCUGCUCCCAGAAAGACUUUUAUGGAAGUUUGCAAUGCUUUUAAAUUCAUUUCAAAGUGUUCUUCACGAUUACAUCUUUUGAGGUGCUGAUUUUCUAAAGAUAAAUGUGAAGUUGCCCUGUUGAUUCUGAUAGAGGGCUCCUUUGGAAGGAAUGGAGCUAAAUACUAGGUACUCACAUGAUAUAUGGCAAAAAAACAGUACUUGUUCCAUGGCUCUCAAAAUAUAGUCAAAGAGUUAGCUUCUAUCAAAGAUGACUUAUUAUUGUAUAAUAAAAUGUUUUUGUCAAAUCAAGUUUCCUCUUUUUCUUAUUGAACUACUUUAAAAAUCAGAGUCACUUGUCUGUAGUUGGAUGUCAGUCAAACGGGGAGCAAGCCUUGAAUAUAUUCCUUCAGUCUGCCUCAAUUUUUCAGAGAGGUAGGAGGGCCCUCCAAAAAAGGACAGAAGGUAGUGGCCAAGUCAGAAGAAAGUGCUUUUUCAUAUGACUAUCAUGCAAUCAUACACUUGGAGUAAUGAAUACUGAUGUUGAGAUAGGCAGAAGCCAAAACAACUGUGGCAUAUAUGUUUCAGUCAACCCUGAAAAAUACAUGUCAUAGGGAUUUUUAUAUUCAAUCUUCUUUGACAAUUCAGAUUUAGAAUUGGUAGGCUGGUGUUUAGAGCCAUGAGAGGUCCAAAAAGAACAUCACUAACCACAGUCAGAGAUCAGUAUAGCCCAAAGAUUAUUAGGAAAAUUGAAUAUGCUUGGACUUAAAUAAUUUUUCAACCUUUAUUUUCACAUCUAAGUCAACACUGCUGAUAUGACUCAGGUGCUGCUCAUCUAAGUGACCUCAAAUUGGCUGAUAUAUUUAAAUAGGAUUUCAAAAAUUUGUUUUAAUCACAUAUUACUGGAAAGUAGAGGUGUUUUUUUCCUGGUACCGAAGUGUCCAUAAGUAAGUCGAUUAACUCAAGGAGGUACUUUAUGCACAAUAUUCUUAAUUUUACUGAAUGCUUCAAAACAAGGAUCUUGAACAGUAUUCAAUAGGGUGGGGGGAAAAGAAUUUACUAUGGUUUUCCACAGAAAAUCACACAUUUUUUACUUAUUUAUUAAAAACCCUCAAGGUCAUUAAAAAUUACCAGUCUGGAAUUGUAAAGCCAAGUCACAUUUAUACAUCUUUGUUAUAUUUGUUUUACCCUAUUGCUUAACAUCUAUUAAAAUCAAACAACAGCUGUGAGAAGGCUUUAUCAUUUGUAGAAUCAAAAUAUUCUUAAAAUAUUUACAUUUUACAAUACAAAGAAUAGUAAAACACAAUAUCAUGUACAAGCUUAGGUAUUCACGUUUCCAAAGCAUGAAUGAUGUGUGGAAAAUUAAUAUAACUGAGAGAAUAAAGCUAAUGGUGUAAAAAAAAGUCUAUUAAAAUUGUGUGGAUUCAUAAGCAGUAACGUUUGGACCAUGUGGCCUUCUCAUUUCUGCUCGCUAACUGUUUAAGAUGCACAGGAAUUACCCAAUAGUAAAUACUUGUUUUUUCAUGUAGUUCUUUUGCAAAUCUUCAACUCCACCCAGCACAUGCUGUAUCUCACAUUCAAAAAUGGAUUCAGAGGCUGUGUCAUGGUCCAAUUAAAAAGGCCAGUGCAAUUUUACAAGAACAAGUGGUACAAAAUCCACUUUUAUAGUCACUGGAGCACCUUCAAAGACAGUAUGCACCACCAAAGGCUGCAAACAUUUCAACUGUAGACAAAUUUGAAAAAUGAAGGAACUCUACAUGUUUUUAUUGCAUUUUUU